ACCCAACACGCAAUCCAUGAUAAAAUACCCGAUUUAAACCCGACUUGUCACGAAAUGAGUAUGGAUAUCGAGAUACCCUCUCUCGUGUGCGUGGAGUAGUAAGAGAUCGAUCCAUCGAUCUUCAACCAAAAUGUUUGUGCCUAUUGGCUGCGACACGACACACCAAGAUGGCUUACUUGGUCUCUUUCUUUCUGGUUUUGUUUUGGCGCAACUAUGUACCUUCCUUUUCAACGCACAUUUAUGCUCUUCCUUACCUUUUUUAUUUUGUGGAUCAGUACCAACCAAAUGAUUUUGGUUCCUAUUCUAUUAUAUCCAUUCAUUUUCAUUGUCUCUUAUCAUAUGUUCCACCCAUUCUUCCCUACCUAAUUGUGUUUAAUUAAUCAUUAUUCAUUCUGUUCCCAUGCUAAGAAACUUGUAUCUUUUUCUAGGGCGAGAUAGCAUGACUAUCCUUAAAGGGUUGGAAAAAUGACACCUCGUAUUAAUUAUAGGAUUUUAAGGUAAUUAAUUUGUGUUGCAUUUAAUUAUCUGUCUGAAUUGAAAACCCAUAAUAAUUACUUUCCUUUUUUCAAUGCAAUGGUAGUUGUACUAGUGUAUAGGUGCAAUGGUAGUUAAAAAAAUGUAAUUAAUAUGAGUUAAUUGUAUAAGUGCAAUGAUAGUUGUAUAAGUGCAAUGAUAGUUAAAAAAGGAAUGUAAUUAAUAUGAGUUUUUAAUUUUAAAAUUUUAUUAAAUGCAACACAAAUUUGAUAAAAAAAUAACUAUAAUUAAUAGGGGUGUCAUUUUUCCAACGGCCCCCUCUUUUCUCUGUAUUCUCUAGUUAUUCGUCGGCCCUAAUCACAACAAAAUUUUACCAUCUAAAAUAAUUUACAGCAGAGAGGUUAAGUAAGAUUUUAUUUUCACUAUUGAAAGGGCUCUUGUCAUCAUCCUAUCAACGGCAUAACCAAAAAUUUUGAGUGAAGAGGGCGUUAAACGGUAAUUAUAAAGCAGGAGGAGGAGUGAAUAUUUUAGCAAUUGCUUUACUUGUCAAUUUUAUGACAUUUUUUCUUUAUCAAAAUGAUUAUCAUGUACUUUUAGAAUUUUUUUUAACUAUGAGUAGAGUUCGUCACCCCCUUCUCGCCAUAACAUAGCUUCGCACCACUAUUCUAUAUACUCAGUAUCAAAAUGAGCCAUGCCAUUUUGACCAUCUAUCCCUAUAACAUUUCUAAAUAAAAAUGUCCAAAGAGGGAGAAUAUUGGACUAUGGGUUGGAGCUUGGAAGGAUACUAAUUUCAGAAAGUUGGAAUAGAAGACUGGGUAGAGAGAACUUUCACAAAAAAAAAAAAAAGGUUAAGACUAAUGAUUUGAGUUGUUAAAGAUGCUCUGAAUUUUUUGAGGGUGGGAAUAAAGUAAGUAAUAAAGGGGAGGAUGGGACAAGAUUAAGAGCUAAUUAAUAAUUAGAAAAAAAAAAUACUAAGCAUUAGGUGGUUGGUAAUGUAUGCCCUAUUAUUUUGUAUAUAUUAUGUGUGAUUUAAAGGUAGGGAAAGCAACUUUAGCUUGUUGACAAAGACAUAACAAUGAAUUAAUGAGUAUUGAGUAAACCCCCUCCUCAAAAUUCAAGUAUCUAGUUAAGUAGUGGGUGGUUAAUUAUGCACAAACCAACAAAUCUUGGUUGGUGGGGGGGCCAAAGCCCUAAUUCAAGUUAGUUCCAUCCCUAUCAUCUUUCCAACUUGUGCUUGUGUAUCAUUUUAUAACAGGUUUAUUUUUGUGUCAAAUUUCAUCACACCAUACUAAGAAAUAUUAGUGUACUCAACCCCGUUGUUAGAUAAUUGUGCAUCAUUUUCCUCAAUGUACUUAUCCAAAUAAACAUGCAUGAUAUUAAAAAUUGCAACACGUACACCUAUAGUUUAGAGAGAACAUUUUGGAACACAAGUUUUCUACCAUUAAUCAUCAACUUAACUAGUCAUCAAUGGUAUUACAAUAAUUUCUCCCCAUUCCAUACUUUUGGGGAUUGCUGAGGUGCAGAAUGCAGUAAGAUCCUCCUGUCCUCUACUCGAUCUACUGCAUGCAUUAUUAUCAUUAUUAUUAUUAUCAUCCUCAUUCACCGACAAUUAUAUCAAUUAAUUAAAUGGGUUUCCUUCCUUCCUUCCAAUCAAGUAAAAGAUGGAUUAUUUCGUGAGAGACAGACAUAAAUUAAUUGUACAUCUCCCCUAACGCCUUGGAUUUUGCGCUAUAUCUUCAUGGAAAGAUUGUCUCUAACAUCCCACACCAAUAGAUCGGACUGAGAAAGAAACCAACACUGAAACAGACUACAUUCAUGGGUAGGAUCCGGUCCACUACUCAACCCAAGCAAAAGGCAAUCACAAGAACACCCCUAGUAACAAGGUGGAGAGUUGGACAGUUUGAAACUCACCACCCGCAAGGGACCUACAAUUGAACUUUUCGCAACAACUCCGAGUUAUUGGGAUCCUGACACAAUAUUACAACUUUUUAUGAUCGAGAAAUCUUCUUUUGGAAUCUCAACGAACCCCAUUUUAAGAUUAUACAAGGUACUGAGAUCCAACUAUCGUUUUGAUUAAAUGACGAGGUGAUAUAUUAUGACAAUCUUACGAGAAAUGUGUAGAAAAAAGAUAAAUAUGAAAUCCCUAGAAUGUGAACCAGUCACUUCGAAGUUAAUUAUUGUGACAGCUCCGAGUAUUACUAGGUCAUUGGUCUCAUCUCUUGUGUCGCGUAUUAAUUAUCUACUCUUUGUACAAAUACAUAUAGUCAUUUGGUUUUGGUGAUAGUUAAAUUGAUGAAUUGUCAUCAAUGCAUGCAUAAUAAUAUACAUGUGUAUUAGAAAAUUGGCGUAUUAUAGUUUACAUUGUUUGGUUAAUGUGAUAUUUAUUGUGGAAUUUAAAUAAGUUAUGUGUCUUUUUGAGUGAAAUGUCACUUUUACCCUUUGUUUUUUUUAUAUAAGAAAGUAACACACAAAAAAAGGUAGGGACAUAGUUGGAAUAAAAAAAAAGACUCAACAAUCUCACCAAAAACUUGAGAUUUAACUAUUACUCAUUUUGAGUGAUAGUUUGUGUCAUUUCAAGCAAACAAUGCAUGUAUUGUUUGCGCAUAAAAUUCAAAAAAAUAAUACACUAUGAACAAUACAUGCAUUAUAACUAUCUCAAUUAAAUAAUCAUCAAAACUAAACAACCCCUAAGUUCCAUUUCCACCAAAAUAUAUUAAAAGAAAUCCCCACAAUAGAAAAAUCGAAGGGCUUGCUACCGUUGGACUUGAAAAGCUCAAAUAUUUGAGUGCAUGGCCCAGCAACCCACCCGCCCAAAUCAAACCUCCCCAGUUAAGACUAAACGAAUAACGGCCCAACAGGCCGACAGCCCAUUACAGCUCGGAACUUCAAGCUUUCCUCAAACUCGGUUACUCGCUCGGCUCCAGGCGAUCGCCCUCCUGUCUCCUCCACCGCUUCCCCUGGCCAGCCGUGGACAGUAAACAACCACCAGUGCACCUUCCGCGGAGGAAACCACCGCCGUAGAAGACGUGUCUUUCUUCCCUGAGAGGCAGCGGAGUCACACUGUUUCUCUUCUUGUGCUACUUUGUAUCAGGUAGCUCGUCUUCUUUUGGAUUGUUCGCCUACCAUUUCAAAUCAUUUCCAGUUUGCCUUCCACGAUUCUGAAUUGCUCAAAGCUGAGAGCCGACAUUCAAUUGCUAGGGGUUCUUCCCUAUUCAUCAUUCGAGUGCAUGAUGUAUUGUUAAUCUCGCACUAAGUUAUGGCUUUUUGAUUCGGUUCUUUUUGGCUAAUUUUGCAGUUUCAGCUGCGGCAGGGAUGUCUAGGUUUCGAUCAAUCUGGCAAGCCUCUUUGAAUGCCACCAAGAAAGCUCUUACAUGGAACCUUGAAGACUUGAUGCCUCCUCCCGAAAGACUUAUUUUCAGCUUCAACUCAAAGGAAGAACUAAAGAAAUGGCAUCUAUAUUCAGAUUCAGAGUAUGGAGGUCUCUCCUCCGCUUCUUUAGAGAUUAGUGAAGUGGACAAUGGAUUGAAAGGUGUGUUCUCUGGGAAUCUAUCAGUAGAUCUAGCUGAGGAUUCUAAGUGGAACAUAAGUAGGGGUGGCUUUUGUGGAAUGCGUUCCAAGAAGUUUGAUGGUUUCAUUGAUCUCGAUUCAUAUGAUACGAUUGCACUAAAGCUUAGAGGUGAUGGAAGAAGCUACAUAUCAACUAUUUAUACAGAGAAUUGGGUUAAUUCACCCGGACAGCUAGAAGAUAAUUCCUGGCAAGCUUUCGUUCAUGUACCGAAGGACAACUGGUACAUUGCAAAGAUUCCACUUGCUCAAUAUCUACCGACUUGGAGAGGGAAUGUCAUAAACGCAGAGAUGGAGAUGAAUCAAGCCCGCAUUCUUGGCAUCUCGCUCUCUGUCAAUGCAGAAGGUGGUGUCCCUGGUGCCAGAACUGGUACCGGUGAUUUCAAGGUUGAGCUCGACUGGAUCAAAGCCAUUCGAACGGAGGAAUAUACCUGAUGUUUCAGUCCCCAUCGACUGUGAUCCUCGACAAAUCCAGGUUUUACGCACCUUGCAUUGAACUGCACCUGUUCAGACUGCAGAUUGCAGACCCCCCAGUCCAGUUGUAGGAAUGAGUUUCUAAACAGUUUCCGAAGUGGGUGAGAGAUACUCCAAACUGCUGAGUUUCAGUAGUAGCCCAUGAAGGGUCAUGCCUUCUGGUUGCGCGGCCAUGGUUCCUAGACUUUGAGACAGGCAGGUAAUGCAUGCCCAGUUGUAGUUCUGCAAGAUCAGAUGUAUCUUUGUAGAUGGGUGUGUUUAGGACAGUAUGGUCAGAACUCAGAAAUAGCACUGCAAGUCUGCAACUAAAUAACUAUAUCGUUGUGUUCAUAAACGUAACCAAACCAUGGUUAAUGUCGAAUACACAAAAAUGAUUUAUUGUUAAGAUACUUGUUAUCCCUGGCUCUACUUGGUGAUUACAGUUUAAAAGAUCGAAGAAGAUAUUUAUGGAUUGGGUGACAAAAGCAUUAAUUGUCAACCGAUGUAGUGUGGAAGAUGUCAUUAGGGGGAGUUGAUACUUAAUAAGCCUUAUAUUAUAUUAACUAUACAAACGAUAUUUGUUGGAAGAAUUGAAUUGAAUAUUCAUUAUUCAUUUAGAAGGUGAAGGAGGAACUAGGAAGGUAGGUCCUAUUGAGAAGAAAAGGCCUCAUCUGUGCAAGUCCUAUGAAGAAGACAAAAGAGAAGCAACUGGCAGCUUGAAUAGAUCUUUUUAUAUUAGUAGAUGGACUUUGAGAGAAACAAAGUGAAUAGUGACCAUCUUUCAUAAUUCUUUAUGUUUUUUCGGUGGAAUUUGUAUGCAAAUACGUACCCGCAGACGAUUUGACUGACCCUGUUCUGCCACGACAUUUGCACAAUAAUUUUAUCAUUUUUAAUUACAUUUGGAAUUGAAUUACUAAUUGGGAUUAACUACAACACUGCACGGGGUCGAUACACAAUUACACACAGUACCUAGUAUCCAUCGUUUACGGCUAGGACUACUCGGGUAUCUAAUCUCAUUCGCUCCACUAGCUUUUGUCUCUCAGUCUAAAGGUAACUUGGGCCUUUAUUAUUUGGACUAUAUUCGCGAUUUAUUUCCAUAUCCGAGUAAAUAAAAAUGGGGAAAGUUUACGGGCUCCUCUCUUGUGUAGCUAUCUACGGUUGCGGGUUCAGGUUCUCUUACUAUAAGCGACCGACGGAAUCCCCAUAACUAGGGGUGUUCAAACGUUUUGGUUACCAUGGUAACCGUUUUAACCGGCACUAUUUGGAUAAUUUGGUUUGGUUAAUUUGGAUAAUUAGUUUGGUUUGGUUAAAGUUUUUAGCUUGUUUGGUUUAGGUGGUUUGGUUUGGUUUCAGACAUUCCUAACCAGUCAAACCAAAUUAACCAGUUAAGUAAUUAGUCAUAUAUCUAACAUAUAUUAUAUACACAUACUUAAUACUUUGCAUAGCCACUCAAGAGUUAACGUUCAUCCUUUUUAGACUCAUAAAAUAUAAAUCUCAAUAUUGCUCAUAUAGUGUAUAUUUGUAUAUGUAAAAUGUAGACCACAACAUAUGGACGCCUAAUUUAGAUAAAUUUCAUACAUUAUGAUGGAUGAAAACUUGAAAGGAAGGUAAUUUCCAGCCUAUGAUAAUUGCUAAGAGACUAAGUCAAUUUACACAAACACAACAAUUCAUUAACCCAUACCAUUGUUAUAAAAUUUUGUUAGGUGAAUACUUCUAUACUAAUCGUAAGAUAAUUGUCUUAGUUGCAUGUAUUUUUGUUAAGGGUCAGCUAUAACUACGUGUUGGUUGUUAUGUUUUAUUCAUUAUAUAAAUUGCGAAUUGUUGCAUUAACCGGAAAAUUUUCAUCGUCAAUGAUAAUGUGAUUUUAUAUUGGUUAAUCUGGUUAACCAAUUAACCAAACCGAUUAAACUUUAGUUUGGUUA